UUUCCGAAGAUCUUGAUAAUUUGUCUAUUCGAAUCUACAAUAAUUUCAUUUCUUUUACUUGAAGUUCAAAUUCGUAGUGUUUUAAUAGGAAUCUUUAUUUCGUAUCUAUUACUUACAAAAUCCACCACAAUAUAGUCAAGUGCCUAUAGAAAAUCUACAAUGUUUUUUGCCAAUGAUGAGGACGUCUUCAUCAAUCCAGAAGUUUUAUAUGCACUGAGACCGAAUCGCGACACGUUCGAAGUAAGUGUACCCACACACACUGAAGAUGGUAUACCUAUCAGAAAGUUAUAUGUUUCCAAUUUACCUCCGAAAACAACUCGCACGGAGCUCUUCGGCCUUUUUGCUCCGUACGGUUUUAUCAAAAGUUGUUGGCUAAGAAUGGAAGACAAAGGCCCAAACCGUGAGCCAGUUUCAACAUAUGCAUUUGUCACAUUUAGUAACCCAGCUGAUGCACACAAGGCAUUAGUGGCACCGGUCCACGAGAAGACGUUACGUGGGAGACGCCUAAAAAUAUCACCGGCCGACAGCUGGCACCAGCCUGUAGAAGAUGCUAAUGGCAAGGUGCGUUGGAAGCCAAGAGGUCAAAACAAUGAAGACGGAAGUACACCAGAAAAUGCAAAUAAUUCAGAUAAUGCAACCAGUUUGCCUGAAACCUCCCAACAGUCAUCUCAACUAGAAACAGAAGAUGCGCAGAGUGAUAGUGAACAAGGCUACAAUAUCUUGGACAUAUUAAACAGAGAUUGCUUGAAUCACAUUCUGACUUAUGUGUCUAUAAGAGACAUCAUCAGGUCAGAGAGGGUCAGCAAAAGAUGGCAGAGUAUGGUGCAAGAAUAUUUAGAUGGUGUACGCGUGUUCAAAACAUCGUGGUGGCAGCAGAGCACACUGCCGCUGACGACUGCGGUGCUGCGUCGCGUGCUGUCGCGACUCGGUGCCGGCCUGCACAAGCUGCACAUAGACCACCACUGGUCUGCGCUCAACGACCGCACAGCUCACACCGUGGGCAAGUUCUGUCCGAACCUCGAUGAGAUUAAGGUUGUUGGAAUGCACACAAAGAACUGGAAUCCCUUGUUGUAUGGUUGCAAACAGCUUAAGAAUCUCUCAUUUAUUUCUUGUAAUAAGAUAACAGAUUCCAGCCUAGUUCAUUUGGUGAAAAACGACUCGUGCUUGGAGAGUUUAACAGUGGCAAACAACAACAAUGUGACCGGGCUAUUUCUCACAAGCUCGAACCCUAGCAAACUCACGUCGUUGGCUUUCUACAACUGCUACAAUCUCCAGGGCGCGGUGCUGUGUGCAGCCAUUGACACAUUGCCAAACAUAACUACACUAAAGUUGGAUGUUUGUCCGACCACCAUGUGGAAAAUUGUGCCGCUCAUACUAGAGAAGCUACCGAAUUUAGAAGAGCUGUCCUUGAGUCAAUAUGUUAUGGCCCUGUGUGGCUUGCCCACAGAUGAAAAUGCACGUUCAAAUCCCAUAGGAGACGAAGCCUUCUGUAAAGCUAUAAGCAAUCUGAAGAAAUUGAAAGUGCUCAAUCUAAGCAGAAAUAUUUACAUUACAAACAGUGUGUUGAAACAAGUAGCACAGUCCUGUCAGGCGUUACAAUCCUUGAAUGUAUCUGCUUGCAAUUCUCAACAAAGAUACGGCACAACAGGUAUCAGCGACGAGGGUAUACUAGCUGUAUGCGGCGGGUGCUCAGCGCUGACUAGUUUAGACGUGUCGUAUCUGGCAGCGCUGACUGACGCUGGAUUGGCGGCGCUGCCCCGUUUACCGCGUCUCCGAAAUCUCGCUGUCUGCAACUGCCCGGCGCUCACCGCAGCCCCUUUAGUCACCGCUGUGCAGCGCUGCCCGCUGCUUGAGGAGGUGGACGCGAGCGGCAGCGGCGGUGUGUCGGAGCGGCUGAUCGAAGCGGCGGUGGCUGCGCUGAACGACCGCCCGCGACUGCUCACCCUGUGGCUCGCCGGUACCGCGGCCGCCAUCCACGACGAUUACGACGACGACAAGCAGGAGCCGCUGCCGACUCACCGGCUGCUGACGGUGGAGCUGUACGAGGACCGCAGCGAGCCGCACCUCGGCCCCAGCCUCGGCGACAGCGAGUGCUCCGAUGACAGCUACGACUUCGAUCCCGAUCUAGAAGCUUACAUCGCCGAUCCCUUCUACUCGGAUGACGACUUCGAAGACGAAUUAGACAUCCUGGAACAAUUCGAGUAUCACAUGCCUAACUUUGUUUUUCUUCCCUAAAUAUGCAUUAUAUAUGUAACAGUUUUGCUACGUUAGCUUCCUUAAAAUUAUUACUUCAGUAUAGGUGAAGUGUGAUCAAAAGAAUGUCUGUAUUUUUAUUUGUUUUUCGAACAUUUUAGUGAACUUACUGUUAAAGCUUUGUAUGUAUAUACAUUUUAGUUACCUAUGUCUCUUUGUUUUUACCUGAUAUAAACACAAACUGUAUCUAUUAUUUUGAACGCUCAUAAAUUGUGUCACUGUUUGCUUUACUUAAUCCACAGUAUUUAAAUUUAUUAUUUAUUACAAUUUCUUAAACACAGUAAAUUUACAAGUUAAUUAAUAACAUAAUUACGUUAAAUUUUACGGUGGUCAAUAAUACUGAUUGAAUUUACUUGUAUUUUGAGUUGAUUCUCCAAAUAAUCGUGUCAUAUCAAUACUUUUUUUGCUGUUUCUUGUCUCAUAGAGGAAAAAUAUUUGUUUAAAAGUCUUAACCGAUGUGUUUCAAUCAUCUGUGAUGAAAAUAAGUUAUACUGUAUAGACUUAGAAGUUCAUGAGCAAUUUAAAACAAGUUAUAAUAUCUGUGAUCAUAAUAUAUUUGCAUUAUAUUCAUUGGAUUCCACGAGUGUAUUAAUACUGCUACUGUUACAUAUUUGUUAAUAAUAAUAAUAGAUUAAACAAGUCUGAAAUAUUGUGAUAACUACGAGAUAGAAUAUUAAUUGCUGUUUCUAAAUACGACUAUAGUCACGACCUUUAGGCAAGCGAAUGCAGGAAAGCGAAACGAAAGGGAAUCAUACAAACCUUGUGUCCAUUUGAAGUUUUUUGCCUUGUCUCACGGUUUAGACUGUAGUCAAUGUUGAACUAGGUGCUUGUGUUGUUGGUUCGCAUUUCAAUUCACAUUCAAAAUAUGGAUUGUAGGAAAAUUAUCUAUUUUUGGAUAGCUAGCUAACACUUUUUGUUUAAAGUAGCACGAAAUCUGUAAGCCCAUCAAAAGAAAACAUUUUGUGAGGUAGCAUUAAUUUCUUCUGGGUUGUGAAGAGUUAAGUUAAAUGUCCAAAGCCACACUUUUAUUCCUAAAAAUCUAUACAAUAAUUAUAUUCCUAAAAAUCCAUAGAAUAAUUCUAUUCUUUUAACUUUUCAGAAAGGUCAUCUCAUGUUUUUGUUUCAUUGUACAUAUUAAUAUUUAAUAAUAUAUAUAUUUUUAAAUUUGAUUAUUAUCAAGUCUUAAUUUCGAAUCAAUGCCUGUGAUUGUUAUUGUUCUUGUCAUGACUUUUCAUUUGUUACUAUAAAAAGUAAGAUUAUUAAUUUGAUAUCUAAUCAACAAUUAUUGACUUUCACAGGACUUGUCAAAGUUGGGACAACUAAACAAUUUUCUUUUACCCCUUUUUUUAUAAACAGAAAUAUAUUUUAUCAAUUGAAGAAAGUUGAGGACAGAAGUAAAGCUCAACGUAACGAAUAGAGCAGUGAUAAUUAAGAAUGGAUACAUAUUUUUAUUUCAAGUGAUUUGCACUUAUUAUAAAUCAGUAAUUUCUGUUUGAUAAGAAUUUACUUGAAGUCAAUGAAUCAAUGUAAUUUAUAUUUUUUAUACACAUUUUUAAUGGAAUAGUUUUUAGUUUAUACAACUUAUAUGUCAGGCUGGCAUGGUGAGGUUUUGAGUUGUGUUAAUUCCUCUGACCCAUAAAGAAAGUUACUUAAAUUUAUAUUCUUUCAUAGGUGCAUCAUGAUUAUCAUGAUUAUGACUGGACAUACAAUCUUAGUAUGGAUUGCUCGGAAAUUGUAUGAUGUGAGUUGUGACAAAUGUCUCUGUACAACUAUAGUAUAACUCCUGAAACUUUACAGUCAUAGUCAUGUAUGAUCGAAACGCACAUUGACUUGUUGAAUAUUCACACAAGCAGAAUUUCAUAAUAUACUUGGAUGUUUCUAAAUACAG